AUGGUUCUAUUCACGGAGGACAAGGAGCAUAAUGAGCUAGCAGAGCAUGACGAUAAACAGCCAGAAACCAAUAAUACCGAGAAAGAACUCAGCGUUCACUCAACGUUUCCAGACGAAAAGACGGUCAGAUUCAAUAGUCACGAAAAGGCGCUUGUCACUGAACCGGAAGCAGAAGCUGGCACAAUAUCGUCCCUACCGCCUUAUCAGUCGGCUGAUUCCUCCACGACGGGUCAAUCAAGCUCAGGUAUGAGGUCGACUGGACUCAUACCAGCAGAAAGUUCCCCUAACAUUAAGCCUGAUCUGGAUCCUAUCACGCGGAACAUGUCACAAGCAAACGACGGCAAGGAGGUUUACGUCGCGGGCAGCUCAACUGCACACUCGCCCCCGGUAUCGGCGAGACGACAAGCCUCCAAAUCGUACAGAGAGUACAGCUUCUACAAUGCCAACGCCAUGACACACCUCAUCAUCUGCGAUCCUGACCAGCUGGUCCUGUACUUUGCGGAAGUUUCCCUGUUUGCCAAAAGUAUGCCUGAUGUGUGCUUGAGGGAUAUCCUCGGAGGUGGGUUUGACGACCUAGCACGGAAGGGAUCGAGCCUAGGAUUGAAAGAAGCUGCAGCUGCACCCAUAGUGGGCGUUGCGGACUCCAUGCCUUCUUCAAAGCAUAUCAAGCUUGGUUUGGGGGAUCCUGGCCAGCCGGAGAGCCAGGCCUGGAUAGUGAUGCGAAACGUCCAUGAAGAUCUCAAAGCGGGCUCUGAGAAGUAUGAUAUGAUUGUUAGCAGACCAAGUCAGCAGGACUUCAGUUAUUCAUGGAUUCGAGGUGCGGUCAAAGACAAUGAACCCGGUCUUGACAAGAGCUCGAAAGAACAGUUCAGACUAUUGUCUGGCGACGAGGUGGUAGCAUCGUUUAGGAACGCAGCAUUGACGAGCAUCAGAAAGCGAGGCAUAUUGCGAGUUUACGAUGCACCAGGCAUGGAAGAAAUUCUUCUCCUUAUCUUCCUAAGUUGCGCAGCACUUUGCGAGCGGCAACGGAGGCGAAAGGUCAAGAAGAGCCUGCUUUUUGGUUUGUGA